AUGGCUGUCGAUUCCAGUUCCCCAACACCCCUCGAUGGGGACGAUGAGAUAAAGGACACUCUAGCCACAGAAGGUCUGAAGCAUGGGCACAAUAGUUCGUCCAGUCCUCCCGUCGACCGCCAGCUCGAGAACCCCGCCAGUAAUGAAAGUGAAUCGGAACCCAAUGGAAGCAAGCGCGAGGACAACAAACGUGAACUGACAGAGGAUGACUGCUACGACAAGCUCGGUUAUAGCUUUCCGGUAUGGAAGAAGUGGAUGAUUUUGACGGUGAUCUUCACCGUGCAGAUGUCCAUGAACUUCAACACAAGCGUGUACCCGAAUGCGAUCGUUCCCCUUUCGGAGCACUUCAAUAUCAGCGAACAGGCGGCUCGUGUUGGGCAAAUGAUCUUCCUCGUUUUCUACGCCUUUGGUUGUGAGCUGUGGGCGCCGUGGAGUGAAGAGUUUGGCCGCUGGCCAGUCAUGCAGCUGAGUCUUUUUAUGGUCAAUAUUUGGCAGAUUCCUUGCGCCCUUGCGCCCAACUUUGGCACCAUUGUCGUGUGCCGUGCCUUGGGCGGAUUGUCUUCGGCUGGUGGGUCAGUCACUCUCGGAAUGACAGCUGACAUGUGGGAGGCCAACGACCAGGGAUUUGCUGUCGCCUAUGUGGUCUUGUCCUCAGUUGGUGGAACGACAAUUGGGCCAAUCUUUGGUGGCUUGAUUCAAGAACAUCUGUCCUGGCGGUGGAACUUUUGGAUCCAACUCAUCUUCGGUUGUGUUACACAGUUGAUGCAUUUAUUUGUCACCGAGACUCGCUCCACCAUCUUAGUCGACCGCGAGGCCAAAAGACUCCGCAAAUCAGGAGAGGACCCUAAUGUUUAUGGGCCAAACGAGCUAAAGGAAAACCGGCUUGACUUGAAAGAGGUUCUCCGCAUUUGGAGACGUCCUUUUGAAAUGUUUGUCCGUGAACCAAUUGUGCUCUUUCUCUCUCUCUUGUCCGGUUUCUCGGAUGCGCUUAUCUUCACCUGCAUUGAAUCCUUUACCCUGGUCUUUAAGCAAUGGAAUUUUGACACCGUUCAGAUCGGUCUGACCUUUAUCGCUAUUGUGGUUGGUUACAUUCUUGCCUACCUCGCCUUCCUUCCUGAUCUCGCGCGUCAACGACACAUUCGUGGCAAACUUGGGGAUGCAGCUCGCUUACCCGAGCGUCGUCUGCUAUUGCUUCUUUUCAUUGCACCCCUGGAAACAAUCGGCCUCUUCGGCUUCGCGUGGACAUCCAUGGGACCCGAUUAUACUCCAUGGAUCGUCCCUCUCAUCUUCGUCUGCAUGAUCGCCAUUGCAAACUACGCCAUCUACAUGGCUACUAUCGACUACAUGGUUGCCGCUUAUGGUGUUUAUUCUGCCUCUGCAACUGGUGGAAACGGCUUUGCGCGCGAUUUCCUGGCUGGAAUCGCAGCCAUGUACUCCACGCCCAUGUAUACCAACAUCGGAGGCAAGUUCCAUCUGCAGUGGGCAAGUACCAUUCUAGCCUGCCUAGCCUUCUUUGUUGCUAUCCCAAUUUAUGUAUUCUACUGGAAGGGACCAGAGAUUAGACGCAGCAGCAAAUUUGCUCAAACCCUUGCGGCAGACCGAGAAAUCAGGCAGGAGAGACGCGCUAGUCAGCGGCGUUUGAGCGAGCUUCCCCCUGAAGAACAGCCGUACUAA